GCUGCCCUGGCUGAUGUCAGCACAGCUCUGGAGACAGAGGCUGCCCACGGGAAGGACCCCCUGGAGGCUGCUGGGGACAACUCGGAGGCCGUGGAUGCCCAGGCAGGCUCUGUGGAUGAGGAGAAUGGGAGGCAGCUGGGAGAGAUCGAGCUGCAGUGCGGGAUCUGCACCAAGUGGUUCACGGCCGACACCUUCGGCAUCGACACCACGUCAUGUCUGCCCUUCAUGACCAACUACAGUUUCCAUUGCAAUGUUUGCCAUCACAGUGGGAACACCUAUUUCUUAAGAAAACAAGCAAAUCUGAAGGAAAUGUGCCUUAGUGCUCUGGCCAACCUGACGUGGCAGUCGAGGACACAAGAUGAGCACCCAAAAACCAUGUUCUCAAAAGAUAAGGAUAUUAUUCCAUUUAUUGACAAAUACUGGGAGUGUAUGACAACACGACAGAGACCUGGGAAAAUGACUUGGCCCAACAAUAUUGUCAAAACUAUGUGUAAAGAAAGAGAUGUCUUCUUGGUGAAAGAGCACCCAGACCCAGGGAGUAAAGACCCAGAAGAAGAUUACCCCAAGUUUGGACUUGUAGACCAAGAUCUUGCCAACAUCGGCCCCGCCUACGACAACCAGAAGCAGAGCAGCGCCGUGGCCACCAGCGGCAGCUUGAACGGGGGAAUGGCUGCGGGAGGCAGCGGGAAGGGCCGGGGGGCCAAGCGCAAGCAGCAGGACGGAGGGACCACGGGAGCAGCCAAGAAAACCAGGAGCGACCCGCUGUUCUCGGCUCAGCGCCUGCCCCCUCACGGCUACCCCCUGGAGCAUCCCUUCAACAAGGAUGGGUACAGGUACAUCCUGGCUGAGCCUGACCCCCAUGCACCCGACCCUGAGAAGCUGGAGCUGGACUGCUGGGCAGGGAAGCCCAUUCCUGGGGACCUCUACAGGGCCUGCCUCUACGAACGAGUCCUCCUGGCGCUGCACGACCGAGCUCCCCAGCUGAAGAUCUCUGAUGACAGACUGACUGUCGUGGGCGAGAAGGGCUACUCCAUGGUCCGAGCCUCGCACGGCGUGCGGAAGGGAGCCUGGUACUUCGAGAUAUCCAUGGAUGAGAUGCCCCCAGACACAGCUGCCAGGCUGGGCUGGUCACAGCCCCUAGGGAACCUCCAGGCUCCUCUGGGAUAUGACAAGUUCAGCUACUCCUGGCGCAGCAAAAAGGGAACCAGGUUUCACCAGUCCAUAGGGAAGCACUAUUCAUCUGGCUAUGGACAGGGGGAUGUUCUGGGGUUUUACAUCAGCCUGCCAGAAGAUACUGAGACUGCCAAAUCACUGCCAGACACGUACAAAGACAAGGCUUUGAUCAAAUUCAAAAGCUACUUGUACUUUGAAGAGAAGGACUUUGUGGACAAAGCAGAGAAGAGCCUGAAGCAAGCACCUGGAAGCCAGAUAAUAUUCUUCAAGAAUGGAGUCAGCCAAGGAAUUGCCUUUAAAGACAUCUUUGAAGGAGUUUAUUUUCCUGCCAUCUCCUUGUACAAAGGCUGCACAGUUUCUAUAAACUUUGGGCCAUACUUCAAGUAUCCACCUAGAGACAUCACCUACCACCCGAUGAGUGACAUGGGCUGGGGGGCUGUGGUGGAGCACACCUUGGCAGAUGUCCUGUACCACGUGGAGACAGAAGUGGAUGGAAGGAGGAGCCCACCCUGGGAGCCAUAA